AUGGAGACGGUGUUUGACAGCGAGAACGAUGAGCCGCUAGUGGAGUUGAGCGAUGUUGAUGACUUUGAGUUUGAAGAUGGGGACGACCCUAUCCUAAAGAAAAUGAAGCUAGAUGUGAAGCCGGAGAGCAGCAGUGACAGUGAAGGUGAAGUGGUGUUGCAAGAGACCGAUGUGCAUCCUUAUAUGGACUUCUUGCAGAAGCUGAACAAGAUUCAGGCUGGGGAAGUUGGGGAAAAACGGGACAUUAAGCGUGAUAAGUCCAUUGUUGAGUUGCAACAUGAGGAAUUGGUGAAGCAGUUGAAAAGUGCGGGCACUUUCACAUCUGUACCUGAUAGACUCAUUGACCAUAUAUCAUCAGAAGUGCUGAGUGAUAAGUUUAGGGAUUGGCAUUUUAUAACACAGGAAUGUCGAGAUAUUGACAACACCACACUUUCAUCUAUGCUUGAUGCGUUUGGUGUCGGCAACUCGGCAGACUUGCUCAAUCUAAAGAUUAUUGCAAGCGAAUACACGAAGAAAUAUGACAGUCUCUCUACCAUAUACCCUGUUGGAUAUAUGCUAGAGGAGCUUGUUGAUUAUUACAGAAGAACACUACCAAGAGCCGAAACACCCCUUGAAUACUGUCAUGCAUUCUUUUUGUUUGUUCUUGACAUCAAAAUAUAUGAUUCCCAUGAGUGUGAUACAUCCUGGUGCGAGGAAGUGCUGGAUAUAUUAACGCAGAGGUUUCGACAAGAGGAGAUUUUUGAUGUUUAUUUAAAAGUAGUGGAAUUGAAUGAUUAUUAUAUGCACUACCGUGUCACCAAGCUCAUACCGAGGAUGAAGUCGUAUAUUUUAGCAAAACUGUUCGGCACCGUGGAUACAGUUACCAUUGUUAAUGAAUUCAACACAUUACUGGACGACAAGAGGUAUAAGGAAUUAUUGUAUUUUUUGUUGUUGGUACUGGGGACACGAUAUGUACCAAGAGGUAAGAACGAGACUAUUAAAUAUUUCAUUUCCUGUGUUACGGAUGUUUACGAUGACUCUCAGAGCAACCCGGAGAUAUCGAUAAUCAAGAACUAUUUGUUAGUAUUGCAAGUGCUGGAUUUCUAG